ACAUGUUUAUAACAAAAACGAAUCAAGUACCGAAGCGAAUUGGAAGCAAAGUGAAUUGUGUUGUUUUGAGAAGCUUCUGUAUUAAUCGAACUAGGCUAGUUAUCAGGCAUUGCAGACCAUCUACAGUAGGCUACAUAUGUAGUAAAUGGUCGUGUUUUCUUCAGGUUUACUGAAGAAAAUCGGGAGAAAAAAAACUGGUCUCUACACUGGUAUCAGUAAGCAUGGCAUCAGUGCUGUCACAGCUGAUGGGUCAGUGGAUGGAUGUUCAGGGUUUCCUGAUAUUUCUGUGUGUGCUGCUGCUGGUGAAACACCUGCGAGAUGUUCUUACAAACAACAUGCCGCCAGGACCCUUCCCUCUGCCUUUGAUUGGAAACGUACUGAAUAUAGGCUUUAGUGAUCCAGUGGAGGUUUUUCCGAAGAUUGCUGAGAGGUAUGGAGAUGUGAGCACACUGUAUCUGGGAAACAAACCGUGCAUACUGCUUACUGGAUACGAGAGUUUCAAAGAGGCGUUUGUGGAGCAGGCGGACAUCUUCACAGACCGGCCGUACUUCCCUGUGAAUGACAAGAUCUGUAAAGGGCAAGGUCUGAUCUUCUCCAGUGGACACAUGUGGCGUCAUCAGAGGCGUUUUGCUCUGGCAACGCUGAAGUAUUUCGGUGUGGGCAAGAAAACUCUAGAAAACUCCAUCCUGCAGGAGUGUCGCUUUGUUUGUAGUACUUUGCAAACCAAGCAAGGUUUGCCAUUCAACCCUCAUCACCUCUUGACCUACGCAGUGGGCAAUGUAAUAUGCAGCCUGGUUUUUGGCUACAAGUUUGAGUAUGACGACCAUCAUUUUCAUGAGCUGCUGCAGUAUUCAGACGAAAUCUUUAAGCUGCCCAUCAAUGUCUGGGGCCGGUUGUAUAACACGUUUCCCGCUCUGAUGUCCCUGCUGCCAGGAAAGCACCAGACUGCAUUUGCCAACCUUUCCAAGCUUAAGCUCUUUUUUAAGGAGGAAAUCAGGAAGCACAAAGAGGACCGAAACCCAUCUAGUCCUAGAGACUACAUUGACUGUUAUCUGGAUGAAAUUGAGAAGUGUAAGGACAAUGAGGCGGAAUUCACUGAGGAAAACCUGAUACACUGUGUGUUGGAUCUGUUUGGAGCAGGAACGGAAAGCACUGCUAAAUCACUUAGCUGGGCUUUACUCUACAUGGCCAAGUUUCCAGAAGUGCAAGAGAAAGUCCAUUCUGAGAUUGAUCAGGUGAUUGGACAGACACGUCAGCCCUUGAUGGAAGACAGGGCACAUCUGCCGUACACCUACGCAGUGAUGCAUGAGAUUCUGAGGUUCGCAAAUGUUCUUGCCUUCAUUCCACCGAGAGUUGCCAGCAAAGACACCACAGUAGCAGGAUGUCUCAUACCAAAGGGGGUGAUGGUGCUGCCAAUGCUGAAGCCAAUUCUGGAGGACAAGAAUGAAUAUCACAAACCAUAUGAAUUCAAUCCUGCUCACUUUCUGGAUGAAAAUGGCAAAUUUCUGAAGAGAGAACAUUUCAUUCCCUUUUCAAUAGGUAAGAGGAUGUGUCCAGGUGAGCAGCUCGCUCGUAUGGAGCUCUUCCUCUUCUUUGUCUCUCUGAUGCAGCAUUUUACCUUCCUGCCACCUGAGGGAGAAACGCUGAGUCUCAAAAGGACAGUUGCCAUCGCUUCUGCUCCUGAACCCUUCCACAUUUGUGCUGCACCUCGAUAGUGCCACAUGAUUGCACCAUAAAAUAAAAGAAUACGCUCAUUGAAGCUCACUGUGAAGCACAAAUAAGCAUUUGUUUUUAUUUGGUAACAUGAAACACCCAUGUUUGAUCAUAUAUCCUACAUGAUUUAUUUGGAUAAUGUCUGAAAUUGAAGGCAGUAAGUCAGUCAAAAGGCUGUUUAGGGUGCAAAGCAUCUUUCUGCAUUGUUAGGCAUCCAAAAGUAGCUAUAUAUUCUGAUAACUUAUAACAUAAAUCACAUAUUUAAAU